AUGCGGGUUCUGUGCGUGGCUGAGAAACCAUCCAUUUCAAAGGCGGUAGCUAGCCAUCUCUCCGGAGGCCAAUUUCAGACCCACAACACUCGCAAUCAAUAUGUCAAGAAUUACGCCUUUGAUUUCAAUUUCGGACCGCCAUAUGGCCAAUGCUCCGUCACAAUGACUUGCGUGUCUGGGCACCUCACCAACCUCGAGUUUACUGCCGAGCACAAGAACUGGAGUUUCCCGCCCCCAGAGUCGCUCUUUAACGCGCCAGUCAUUAGCAACGUAUACCAAGAUAAGAAGAAUAUUGCACAGAAUUUGGCGGAUCAGGCAAGGUAUGCGCGCCUUCUCGUCAUCUGGACGGAUUGCGAUCGCGAAGGAGAACACAUUGGCCAGGAAAUUGUAGAUGCUGCCAAAAAGGGCAAUGCGCAGCUCCAGGUCAAACGUGCUCGCUUCAGCAAUAUCGAAAGGGCGCACGUCUUAUCUGCUGCUAUGCGGCUGAUAGACCUCGAUGUGAGGCAAGUGAAUGCUGUGGCAGCACGAAUAGAACUAGACCUGCGCAUUGGCUACGCCUUCACACGUUUCAUGACCAACAAUCUACGGCCGCUAGGUGGACCGAUGGAAAAUUUGACACUCAGUUAUGGCUCAUGUCAAUUCCCUACUCUUGGCUUCGUUGUGGAUCGGUACUUUCGCGUCAAGAACUUCGUCCCGGAGCCUUUCUGGGGCAUCAAGGUAACCCACAGCCGUGAAGGCAAGCAAGCCAUUUUUAGCUGGUCACGAUAUCGGCUUUUCGAUCGCAUGACAACCAUUAUUCUAUAUGAAAGAUGCUUGGCUGCAAAAAUGGCAAAGAUUACCAAGGUUCAGGAAAAGCCAACGCGCAAGUUUAAGCCACUACCACUUACCACAGUCGAGCUGCAAAAGGCAGCCACUCGUCUGCUCCGAAUGAGUGGCCAGCAGGCCAUGACAAUUGCCGAAGGCCUCUAUAAUAAAGGAUUCAUCAGCUACCCAAGAACAGAGACGGACCGCUUCGACAAGGGCAUGAAUUUGCGUGCGUUGGUACAGAAGCAGACGCCCGACCAGCGCUGGGGUGACUUUGCUCAAGGUCUUGUGAACGGAGGGUUUCAGCAGCCACGCGAAGGAAGGCACGAUGACAAAGCGCAUCCGCCCAUUCAUCCUAUUACUUAUGCCGCACCGAGCGUUUUGAACUACGAUGAAGGUCGCUUGUACGAGUAUGUCGUGAGACGCUUCCUCGCUUGCUGCUCAGAAGAUGCCAAAGGCUCCGCGACAGAAAUCGAUCUGCAAUACGGCGAAGAAAUGUUCAGCACUCGUGGGGUUAUUGUCUUGGAAAGGAACUAUCUCGACGUCUACGUAUACGAGAAGUGGAACGACACGGCAGAGCUGCCCAAAUUCACGGUUGGGGAGCAGUUUGAACCGACAGAGGCCAUGAUGACAGAGGGAAAGACAGGACCACCAUCGUAUCUCACUGAAGCAGAUCUUAUUGCACUGAUGGAUGCCAACGGUAUCGGCACGGAUGCGACCAUGGCUGAACAUAUUCAGAAGAUCCAGGACCGAGAAUACGUGGCGACGAUUGACCGUUCUGGUGCAACAGGCGGCGGCAAUGAUGACGAUGGCGAUGGCGACAAUGGCGCGCAAGCAGGCAGAGGCAUACGUGGUCGCGGUCGUGGGCGUGAACGGGGUCGCGGAAGGGGCGGGCGUGACGGCGGUGGAGCUACGGGACGAGGAAGAGGAGGCAAUAUCAAGGUGUUUGUGCCGACGCAGCUGGGCGUGGCCUUGAUUCUAGGCUUUGACCGGAUGGACUUUGAUACGAGUCUGGGCAAGCCAUUUUUACGAAAAGAGAUGGAGCUCAAGAUGAAGGCGAUAUGCGAGGGCCGGCUAAGCAAAGACGCCAUGUUACGGGAAAGCAUCUCACAAUACAGACAAGUAUUUAUGCAGUCUCAAGAAAGGUUGAGCGUACUGAAGCGGGCGUGCCGCGAGUUUGUGUUUGGCCAGCCUGGAUGA